GGGACGUAAAGGAGCCUUUAGAUUGGACUCAAGUUUUUGGUGAAAUAUUAAAUUAAACAAGAUUUACAUUGGCCUCUUGUCUAAUGGGAAUUAUUUCAACAGAAUGCAAUUUCAAGUGUUUAGCUGAAGUGUGAAUUUGCCACCCCAAGUAAAUGGGAUGUUUCCUUUGUUUUUGAAGGUGACACCAACUACAACGGGUUGUAAAGAAAAGACCGCUGCAGGCGUUCACCAUCGCUGCAUUCUUUCUUGCGCUGCAAAUAGACUAGCGUUCUGCUGAAGCAACUCGAUUGACAACAGUGUGGCUGAGAAAUUGGCCAGUCCUGUUCUGGUAUUAGAGUCUGUAUUAGCUGUUCCCCUUUCACAUGUUCACAUGAUUCCAGAAAUGUUUAUGCUUUGCAUUUAAAAAAAAAAAAAAAAAAAAAUUUAAAUGCUUCCAACACUUUGCUCUGGAUUCACGUAGAGAAGAACAAACCGAAUGGAAACUGUUAAGCUAUCCCCCCCAGUGUGUGUGAUCUGCAUUCUUUGGGCGUAAAUCUAAGUAGGAGAUACACAGGUCCUGAUGAGCUGGCACAUGUUUCAAUGUGGUUGUCCAAAAGCUCCUGUUCCCGACCCCUUCUAACUUGCUGUGGAAAAUGUUGUAUCGGCUCUAUUAAUGUAUAAAGAAAGGGUGUAUAACGAAGAAGAGUGAGAAGUGACCUUCUCCUAAGACAAAGAGCCAAUUAAGAACAGUUUAAAGUGAGCUGAAAGGUGUUGAAUUAGGUACAGAUGGAGUGCUUCUCUCGUCUUCCUCUGUGAUGCGUCUAUUUUGGGAGAAACCUGAGUCUGUGCUGGCUGCGCAGACACACAAGAAGCAGCUUUCUUUCUCCGAGCUGCCCCCUUGCCCUUCCUGCUCCUGCUGUAACAGUUGUCUUGAAGCUGCUGCACUCAUGGUCUUUUGUUUUGUCUUUCAGUCCUUUCAAGGAAGCCAAGGCCGGGCGUACCUCUUCAACGCUGUAGUGAAUGUGGGCUGUGGCCCUGCGGAGGAGCGAGUCCUGCUCACUGGCCUGCAUGCCGUGGCGGAUAUCUAUUGCGAAAACUGCAAGACCACCCUGGGCUGGAAAUAUGAGCAUGCGUUUGAGACCAGUCAGAAGUACAAGGAGGGCAAGUUCAUCAUCGAGCUGGCACACAUGAUCAAGGACAACGGCUGGGACUGAGCGCAGUGUGGUUUGGCAUGCAGCAGGGGGGUGGCCCUGGGUCGCCUCUCUGCCCCCCUACCACCUGCUUGUUGCAAAGUGAGAGAAGGACUGGAGCUGGACUGAGGGGGUCUCUGUGGGUCUCCCUCUCUGGUCGUGUGCACUCCUUUUCUCCCGCUCCCCCCAAGCAUCCACUCUGUGGACUCUAGACUUGACUGCUAGUGACCUCGCCUCGUGUGCUUGGGGGUGGGUGGGGAGUAUUGGAAAAAUGUCUCGGACAGUGCACUUGCUGUGCAGUGUUAGGGGUACCUGACGGUGAUCCUUGCUGGUUGGUCUCCAAGGAGGAGGGAGGGGGUGUUGACCCAAAAUGUGCUGACCAGGCUGCUGUAGUAGCCACUCCCAAGCAACUGGCCAGUUGUCACUGAGAUAAUGACCAAAAAUUGUGCUGGAAUGAGUUUCAACCCCAGUACAGGGGCUGGCGGCGUUUGCAGGGAAAUCUCCCCCAGCAAGAUGACUUGUGUAAACAUCCAGAUACAGAGAAGCCUUAAAGAAUCUCGAAGAUGCUGCCGGGUCCCUCCCUAGUGAUGGGGUGUUCCCUGCAUGCAGAGAGUGCCUGAUGUGUGACAAGCCAUGUGGGUUUGGACUCAUGGAAUGGGCAUGACCCCCCUUUUGACUGAAUCCCCAGGGAAAGACUGGUAGCUUGAGGCACAGCACAACCAAAGACCAUUUACCCCACCGCCCACCCAACCACAAAACCCAGGAAGUCUCAAUCACAUGUUCGGUGGGGCAAGGCAAGCCAACCAAUAUGAUGACUGGUGGAAAGCCAUUUUGGGUAGGACACCCCCUCUUCCUCCUUUUUGUGGAGUGAUAUGAAUGCAUUGUGUCUGCUUUUGCAGAAACUUGAGAUGUUAAUCUGUCUCUCUACCUGUGUGGUAUUUGCGUAUUCCAUUGUUAUAUGUGACGGCGAGCCUUUGUAAUGUAGCUGCUGCUCACUCUUGUUGUCGAGUACGUUUUGUUGCUGUGUCUCGUGUUGUUAAUGCAAACCUGUCUCAUAUGUUCGGGAGGCUUUGCUGUCUGCCUUGUUACUGAAAGCGCUUUGUUGUGCUGGUUGUUUACAAAUGAAAAUGCUUCACUGGGCCGUUCCUUUUCAUUUUACAUAAGAAGGCCGUCAUCAGUUGAAAUGUGAGAAAUGAAGACUUUUAAAUCCAAA